AUGCGUACCGGAAUAUUAAGAUUAACGCGUUCGCUGCCCAAGAUGCUGGAGCAAAAACUCGUCGACUACAAUUUCGGUGUGCGUCGCCCAAAGCUGGUUGUGACGAGUUCUGAUAUCCCUUCCGGUUUCAUCGAGCUGCUCCGCAAAAAAUGCGAGGUAACAGUAUGCAACGGAACGGAUCAUGCUGAAAUACUUCGUGCCGUUCCCGGUGCGGAAGGCAUACUGUGGCUGACGGCCGAUCAGCUCGAUGCAAAGACACUCGAUGCGGCAGGAAGCCAGUUGAAAGUGGUUUCAACGAUGACAUCCGGAAUGGAUUACGUUGAUGCCGAAGUGUUCGCCAAACGAGGUGUUGCCUUGGGCCACACUCCGAAAGUGGUUAACGAUCCGGUGGCAGAUAUCGCAAUCGGCUUAAUGCUAGCGGCAGCCCGUCGUUUCCACGAGGGAAGAGAGAAAAUUGUAGCCGGUCAGUGGGAAAUGAGACCUCAGUGGAUGUUGGGACAGGACGUGCCCGGAUCGACGGUGGGAAUCAUUGGUUUCGGUGGCAUCGGCCAAACAAUUCUAAAGCGUCUGAAAGGUUUCGACAUAGCGCGGUGUUUGUAUACCGGUAGAAAACGAAAAGCGGAAGGUGAUUUGGCCGGUGCCACUUACGUGGAUCUGCCUACGCUUCUGAAGGAAAGCGAUUUUGUCUUUAUCGCUUGCCCUUUGACGGGAGAAACGGCAAAGCUAUUCAACCGGGAGACGCUUGCUAUGAUGAAAGCUUCCAGUGUGCUGGUAAAUGUAGCACGCGGCGGCAUCGUCGAUCAACCGGCUCUGGUAGAGGCUUUGAAAAAUGGAACCAUUUUCGCGGCCGGCCUGGAUGUUAUGACUCCAGAGCCUUUGGAUCCAAACGAUCCUUUAAUGAAGCUUCCUAACUGUGUUGUUGUGCCUCAUCUUGGAACGGCGACCAAGCAAAGCCUUCUUGAUAUGUUUGCCAUCACCGCUAACAACGUUUUGUCGGUGAUAUCAGGUGGCCAACUUGUUGCUCCUUUCGUAAAAUAAUUCCCACUGUGCAGAACAAUGUGAGUUUAUAUGUUUUAUGUUAGUUUACACUUUAUUAACUCUCCGAAAAAUACACCAGCAU